CCACCACCGCACACCAUGACGGCUGCCGUCGCGGACAGGCGGAAGCGCCGGGCGGGCGCGUUCCUGGAGGACCCCGCCGCGGUGCUCCCGCAGCUGCUGGCCAAGCGGGGGCGCUGCACGCCGGCCUCCGCCGCCAGAGCCGUCGAGGACCUCGGGAUCAGCCUCGAGUACGACCCGCUCGACGCGCUCCAGCUCAUCUUCCCCGACGCCGAUCCGCAGCUUCUACGAGGCUACUUCGAAGCGUCGGGAAAUGUAUUGGAUGCUGCAAUCAGAGGCUUCAAGGAUCAUUUGGCGUCAGGUUCAGAAACGGCCAGUGCUGGUGCGGCCUCGUCUCGAGCAGCAUCUGGUGGGCCGGAGCUGAAUACUCCAACCAACGGCACUGAAUGGGCGGAGCUAAUUGUCAAGGAGAUGUUGUCCGCUUCGGAUAUGAUCGACGCCAAGAACCGAGCUUUCAGGAUACUUGAAUUGUUGGAAAAAUCAACCUCGAGGUGUAUUACUCCUGAUGAACAGAAAAUGCGUGAGGAACACAAGAUACUGAAGCAGAUGCUAGUGACCCUGGUUCCCCAGAACAGCAUCCUGAAGCGAGGGUUUCUCAUCCAGCACAACCGCCUCAAGGAAUACCAUGACAUGGUGCAGGAGCGGUCUCAGUUCAAGGAGAUCGUUGCCAAGUACCAGAACCAGAUAAAGGCGCUAGAGGAUAGGAACUAUGUCCUGUCGUAUCAUCUCGCGCAAUCGAAGAAUAGCACGUCCGGGCACCGUAACCCUGAUGUCUUCUAGGUGGCGUUGCAUCUGCCCUGAAAUUUAUGCUGAUUUUGGACCUUGUAAUUUGAGAGGUCCUGAAGCUGCAUCAGCCAAUGGAAAGAUGUAAAGUGAAGUAACAUUUCCUAUAUAAUUUAUUGUGAUUCACUUUAUGUUCGGCUUGAUCAUUUGAAUACAAUCGUACUUGUCGA